AUGUCGUUUUGCUCUUCUCUAUCAUCGCCUCAAUCACUCUCUCUCUUCUCCAAAACAAGACCCUCAACAGUCUCCUUCACCCCUCGCUUCCGAGCUUCCGCCGACGCCGACGUUCCUGAUUUCCUCUCUGCAGACUGGCUUGAAUCUCGCAAGAAACGACCUUUUGGUCCGAGAUUAAAUGUAAAUUUCCUUCUGAUUAUGCUAAAUGAGCAAAACACAUACGUUAGCUAUUGUUCGUGUCGUUUCCCUUUAGCAUGCCAAUCCUAUCCAGGUGAUUUCCAAUCACUCUCUCUCUUCUCCAAAACAAGACCCUCAACAAUCUCCUUCACCCCUCGCUUCCGAGCUUCCGCCGACGCCGACGUUCCUGAUUUCCUCUCUGCAGACUGGCUUGAAUCUCGCAAGAAACGACCUUUUGGUCCGAGAUUAAAUUUUAGUGCAGAAGAAGCUGUACAACAUCAGCUUGAUGCUUUAAAGUACAACGACCAGCCUCGUCAAGAUUAUGGCAUUGAGGUUAUGUACAGGUUUGCUGGGUUUGAUCCCUUUGAAAGGUCGACCUAUUUUGGGCCAUUUUUUGAUUUGGGGCAGUUUGAACGAUUUAGGAGGAUUUUUCACCAUUCAACGUACAGAGUAGUACUGCGUCACGAGGAGAGAAAGAUCUUGAGUAGUUUAUUCGUGGAGGAGAAUCGAUUCAAGCAGCGGGUUUGGAUACGGGGAAGUCGCCCAGAGGAAGAAGAAAUCUUCCAGUUCACCAUGGUUCAGAGGGUUGGUGGUUCAUGGGAUGGUUAUUGGCUGACGGAGAGUUUACUUCACGAUGGAGAUGCUUUUGCCGGUGGUUUGGCCUAUUGAACAGUCAAUGCAAGCUAUGGAAGUUGUUCAUCUGCGAAAUUGUUUUCCCGCAGCCAACCGUACAAUAUGGAAGUUGUACAUAGCUAAUAAUUAAACUUAUUGCUUCUAUAUAUUUUGGCUGAACUUUGUAAAUUCUCCUGAAUUUGUAUAUUCAUUUCUGCGCAAUACACAUAAGUUGGGAGCUACAUGUUUCUUUGCUCUCCGGUGCAAAUCUAACUGCUCUAGGAUGUUUUGUUAACGUGAGGGCCUGUUUAGUACGUGGGUUUGAAGUUUUGAUUAUGACUUUUGAAAUUCAAUUUUUUUAUGAGAGAAAAA